AUGCCAGCGACCUCGUCACCAGCGACCUCACCUCCCGCAAUCUCCUCGCCGACCUCGAAUCCGAACCAUCCCCCCCUGCCGCCGCUCAUAACGAACUCGCCCCAGCAGAAGAGGACAGCGGCCCCUCGGCCUGUAUCCAUGUCACAAGCAUCCAAAAACCGGCUGUCGCAGUACUCUGUGACCUCGAUGCCCUUCCACUCGCGACCGACCUCGCACGCCCUCCCAAUGUUCCCGUCGAGCCUGGCCUAUACACUUGUGCGGGAUUUCGCAUACCCCCAGGCGCACCCGAUGCACUAUGGCCCCCCUCCAGAACCCUCACAGCCGCCGUCGGGCAUGACCACCCCCGCCAGCGAGUCGCGGCGCCUCUCCGAUCCUGCGGGCUGGGACGGGCCCAUGAGCUGGGACAGCAGCGCCUGGGCGAGCCUGAGCAAGGUCGACAACCUCGCACCCAUCUACCUGGGCGACGGCCCGCCCUGGAGCGAGGACGAGGACCUCCACAGCCCUGUCGUCAGCUCCAGACACCGAAAACACAAAUCGUCAGGCGCGGCCUUUGCCUCCAGCCGACGGCGCAGCAGCCGUGACCAGGGCGACUCGCACGUAAUGCGCUCGGAGAAUUACGACCAGGAGAGGGGUUACUACGUGGGCACCAGCGGAGACGGCAGCGAGCGAUACUACGUGAACCAGGGGGAGGAGGCGAACGGACCAGGCGGUGAAUAUGUCACCUAUCCGCCCAACCAGGCCAGACACUCAUACGGGGGCGUGGCCGAGCUCCAGCCGAGACAGUACGUCGAGCCCAACGGCGGCAGGUACCGUGCCGAGCCCGACGACCUGAGCGACGACGAGUCUCCCGGCUACGACGAGGAGGACCAGUCGCGGUACUCCAAAGACUACCAGUUCACCAUCACUUCGCCCGACGAGGAGAUGCACGGCAAGGCCGUCGCGCUGUUUGAUUUUGCGAGGGAGAACGAGAACGAGCUGCCCCUGGUUGAGGGCCAGAUCAUAUGGGUGUCGUACCGACACGGCCAGGGGUGGCUGGUGGCAGAAGACCCCAAGACGCAGGAGAGCGGACUCGUGCCCGAGGAGUACGUACGGCUCCUGAGGGACAUCGAGGGCGGCAUGACGAGCCUGACGGGGCAGGCCGAACCUACCUCCGGGAGCCCCGGCGACGCGGGCACGCCAACACAAUCUGAACAUACGGACUCUGGUCACACACCAACUGCAAGUACCUCCUCCACUGCCACCAAUGGUUACCAUCAGCCAGUCGUCUCAACGUUCUCUACUUCCAGCAAGGACCUUGAUCCAUACCCCCAACACCUCCUGGGCCACCAGGCUGGACAGGCCCCUCCCCAGGUCGUACACUACCACGGUCAGCGCGGCGGCAGCCAAGCGAACACACCGACGCUCUCGACACACCAGGAGACUGGGGUCCUGCUGCGGCGCGGCAGCCAGGCUGGCGACGAGAUCCCGCCCAAGAAAUAUGAGUUCGGCCGGACACUUUCGGACGCCAAGAUGAUGCAGUCAUCGUCACCUGGCGGGAACAAGAUCGAUACGAGCCCAUGA